AUGAUGCGAGCCGCACCGUCGAAAGCGCUGAGGUUGGGAAAGAAGGCACAGGAUGAAGUCGCACAGUUGACCGCAGGUCAAAGAAGAUGCCGCAAGAAGGUGCCUGCUUCAAGGAUGUCUGAGGCAUCUGAAGACGGCGAAGCUCUGCCAUCGGAGCCACAAGUGGAGCCCGCGGCCGUGGCGGUGGAUGACAGAUCCGAAGGGCCAGGCGAUGUUCCAACAGGGCCGCUUGCAGACGAGGCUGCUGUCGCCACGACUACCGAGACGGAACCGGUUGCAGAUCCACCUGAGACCACAGAUGCAAGCCACGAGCAGGAGACCUCCCCCGAGCAACUGCGGCCUGCAGAGGAAUUAGAGCCACAGGAGACGGAAGUUCCGCGCGAGCCACAAGAGCCACAGGAACCUCCGGAAGCUGUGAGCACAGCUAUUGAGGAGACGGCGCCGCCUCCUGAAGCUGCAGAGCCACCAGAGCCGCCGGAGCCGCCAGAGCCGGCCGCGUCUCCAGAAGAGGCCACGGAGGAGGCCGAGGGCACCGAGUAUUCGAAGGCUCAGGAGCUGCCGUUUCUUCCCAGCGAUGCGGCCGAAGCCGGGAAGAAGGCCCUUGCGCCCCACUGGUCGCAGCGAGGUGGGAAGUGGCAGACGCGGGGGUCGAGGCUCAGCAGUGACGAGGAAGGUGAGCUCGAUGAUGACGAGGAGGCACAACGCCGGAAGAUCGAGCGGGCGCAGCGCGCGGCGGAGCGACGGGCCAAAUCCGGCAAAUUGAAGGACGCCGUGGCACGAUUCCAGUCGGAUGAGGAGAGCCACGGCCCAGCAGGACCUCGGCUGUCGCCCCGGAGCGCUACACUCUUUCGCUUGGCCGGGGAGCUUCAGACCGCACCGGCCUCCGAUGCGCCCACGCUGCUGGGGAUCCUCCAGGAGCUCGAGCGCCUGCCAGCUACAGUCGAGCUCCUGAGGCAAACUCAGCUCGGGGUUAUCACGCAGCCCUUCAAGGACCACGGAGAUCCGGAGGUUCGCGCCUUGGCCAAGCGCCUGAGGCGUACCUGGAAGGACUUGAUCGCCACGGCUGCGGGCGAGGUGGGCUGGGAUUUCUGCGGCGAUGGUGCGCAGGGCUGUAGGCUCCUUUCAUCCCUGUCCAGUCUGGGGCUCGCGUUCUCCUCCAUCCGUUACCCACAUGUGAGAGUCGCAGAGCUGAUGCCAUGCUGGCGCAAGUUGCGGGUGCUGAUGCUCCAAGUAUAA